AUGGAGGAACAUAGCACAGUGGGCAGCGGCGGAAUGGGCAGUAGUGGACAGAGCAACGACGGAGUGAACAACUGCGCAUCCAGCGACAGGCGCAUCAUCAAACUGGCGGAGGAGGACAUCAACCGAAUCGCAGCUGGAGAAGUCAUUAUCCGUCCAUGCAACGCGUUAAAGGAGCUAAUCGAAAACAGCCUCGACGCGAACUCGACGAGCAUAAGUGUGCACCUCAACAAGGGAGGACUCAAGUCUCUGCAAAUAAUAGACAAUGGAGAUGGCAUACAUAAAGAUGAUCUCCAAAUUGUAUGCGAGCGAUUUACGACAAGCAAGAUAACCAACCAUAAGGAUAUCCGAUCAAUUAAAACUUUCGGUUUUCGAGGAGAGGCAUUGUCCUCCAUUUCGCACGUCUCCUACUUGACCAUAACAACGAAGAAGAGGCAGGCACCCUUUUGCUACAUGUGUUCCUAUAAGGAUGGAAAACCCACACAAGAAGAACCCACCGUCUGUUCAGGUAAGGAUGGAACCAUCAUACGCUUCGAUGAUUUAUUUUAUAAUAUGAGCUCUAGAUUAAAAGCGCUAAAUCAUAAUGAUGAAUACAAUAAGUGCCUUGAGGUUUUGCAAAAAUAUGCGAUUCACUAUCCCCAUGUUGCUUUCACUUGUAAGAAAUGGCUCAGUAACACUGUCGAUUUGAGCACACAAGGGGUGGGGAAAGGCAUCGGUGGUCUUGGAGGCAUAUACGUUAUCAAGGGGAAACGGAAGGAGUUAUUCCACGAGCUCGCAACAAUGGGUGAGGCCCCCGAAGGGCGGAUUGACCCCCCACCUGGGGGCAGCACCCCAUCUAGUCACACACCAGCUGGAACGCACACACCAGCGGGAACACCCCCCCAGACAGAAGCAUACACCGAGGUGGAGAAAAAAUUGCUCGACGAAGAGAAACACCUGGACUUAAAUUACGAAACAUAUUUAAACAACGUAAGGUUAACCAUUCAAAAAAUAUAUGGCAGGAAUAUCUCCAAAGAGCUCAGCUGCAUAUUCAUCAAGGAGAAAAUCCCCACUUUCUUUAAAUGCUAUGGGUUGAUAAGUAACCCUACCUAUGGAGGUAAAAAGGGCAGCUACAUCUUCUUUAUCAAUGACCGUCUUGUCGAAUCAGGGAUACUAAAGCGCAUGUGUGAAAGUCAAUAUGCUAACUUCCUUGCCAAGGGGAACUACCCCUGGGUUUAUCUCUCCAUACGGCUCAAGUACGAUAUAGUCGAUAUAAAUGUGCAUCCGACGAAGAAGGAGGUGCAUUUCCUCUACCAGGAAGAGAUAGCCAUGCUGAUUUCGAAGCGUAUAGAACAGUUCCUCAAGAAUUUUCACAACGCGAGGAACUUCGGGGCACCCACGGUGAAUAUGGUUCAGACGAAGUUCGACGUGUCUUCCAUGAAAGUGGAGGUAAAGAGGGAACUUCCUAUGGCUAGUCAAGGAAGAAGCGAUGUCGGGAGUGAACGUGCACCAGGUGGGGGGAAUGCUCCCAAGAAGCCAAUAGAUACCAAGCGGGUACGCACGGAUCAUAAGCAAAUCACCCUGACGAAUUACUUUGUGAAGAAGGAGGUGGCGAAGAAGGAUGAGGACACGGCAUUGGUCGUGUUCGAGGAUAAGGAGUAUGAAGUUCAAAAGCUGGAAGCACCCAAACCGGCUCUCUUCAACACCAAUGUGGAAAAACAUGUGAGUAGUACCAAGUAUGACAGGUUCUAUCCAUGCGAAUGUGAUGACAUAAGCAGCAUAAGGAAGUUGAAAAAAAUUUGCGAAGAAAAGGAGAAAAAGGAACUCACGGAAUGUUUGAAAAAUUCCAUAUACGUAGGAGCAGUGGAUAACUUGCACAGCCUAAUUCAGUACAAGGAUAAAUUGCUCAUGAUAAAAAUGCCACUAAUCAUAAAAGAAAUAACCUACCAAUCGAUUCUCAGUCGAAUUGGAAGAAUCCCCCCCUUCAAGUUUGAUCCCCCGAUUCCUCUUUACGAUUUGUUACUAGUCGCGGUGAACAACUCUCAGUCAGGUUACUUCGAAAAUCCAAACUACGUGACAAAGAAUAUGGAAAGGAUCUGUAACGAGUUGGAACAAGUAUUUUACUCCUAUGAGGAAAUGUAUGCUGAUUAUUUUUCUCUCAUUAUUGAAGACGGUUGUGUGUGUACCUUCCCUGCUUGCUGUGGGGAGUAUUUUCCUGGACAAGAGUUCCUUCCCCUCCUGUUCUUAAGACUCGCCACACAGGUAGAUUAUGAGAAGGAACUCAACUGCAUCAAUGGCAUAUGCUACUUGAUCGCCAAUUUUUAUUCCAAAGUUACACUGCUCGAUGAUAAGGAGUGGACAUUCCAAAACGAGUUACUCAUGCUGAAGGAGAAGGAAAUACAAAUGCUACAGGGUCAAGGGGCCACUGAAGGGGGAGAAGCACCCCCGGUUGCCAGCGAUGACCAAAGCUACCAAUUCGAAAAUGUCUUGGGGGACGAAACAGUUGUGGAUGUGAAUAAACAUCUCGCUGCCUCGAAAAAUAUAAACCUCGUUUUUGAAAAAUACUUCUUCCCCAUGAUUCAGCUGAACAGCGUCAUGAGGGUCCCUCGCACCUUUUCCACCAAUGGGUACAUCGUCGAGUUGACCUCCCUCAACCAGCUGUACAAGAUAUUCGAGCGCUGCUAG